UAUUUUUUUCCAGCAAAUGCAAACAGAAAGACGUUCAAGUCCAGCCUUACACCAGGGUGGUACUACCUCGGGAGGAAGAUGGAUACGGCUGACUUUGAGUGGGUGAUGUGGUUCUCUACAUUCCGGGACCACAUCCUCUUCGCCCUGUCUGGUCACGUGAUCUUCGCUAAGAUCUGCUCCAUGCUGGCUCCACAGCAUAGGUCCCUGGUGUACAUGGGUUAUGGUAUCCUGGCGGUGCUGGUCUCUAUGGGUUGGACCUUCACCACUCUGAUCCUGUCCCACUGUGUACUGCUCUACAGUAUCUCUCUGGUUAAACUGCGCUGGCUCUGCUUCCUAGCUGGACUCACCAUCCUGUCCACAUUCAAGAUGGAACCAUUCAUAUCCUGGCAGGCUGGUUUUAUGACGGGGGGUUUUGAGCUGCGCUCCGUCCUGUUCUAUGGUGGCUGUGGGUUCACCAUCAUGCGCUGUAUGAGUUUUGCUCUGGAGAACUGUGAGAAGAAAGAAGGAAACUACAGUAUCCUGGAACUCCUCAAGUACAACUUCUACCUGCCUUUCUUCUACUUCGGACCCAUCAUGACCUUCGACAAGUUCUACGCUCAGGUCAACAAGGCUGACUUGACCCGUAAGGAGGGGGCGAUAUGGAACAUAUCUCUGCAGGGUCUCGUUCAACUGGGGGUCAUAUUAACGGUGGACAUCCUCUUCCACUUCCUGUACAUCCUGAGCAUCCCCACGGACAUGAAGCUGCUCAAACACAUGUCUGACUGGGCUGUAGUUGGUCUGGCCUACUAUAGCCUGGUGUAUGACUGGGUGAAGGCAGCGGUGAUGUUUGGGGUGAUCAACACUGUGUCUAGACUGGACCAUCUGGACCCUCCUCAACCUCCUAAAUGUAUCACAAUGCUCUACGUCUUCUCUGAGACGCACUUUGACAGAGGAAUAAACGACUGGCUGUGCAAGUAUGUGUAUGAUUACCUGGGAGGGAAACAUGACAACUUGUGGGAUGAGGCCAUUGCUACGCUGUGUACUUUUGGCAUCACUAUCCUGUGGCUGGGACCCUGUCAGGUGGUGUUAAUCUGGGCCUUCUUCAACUGCUUCGGACUCAACUUUGAACUCUGGACCGCCAAGUUCUUCUGCAUGGAACCCUUUGCUUCUCUAGAGAUGGCAAUGUCUCCUGCCAUGUCUCGUAGGAUCAGAGCUGUGUUCAACACCUUUAACUUCUGGACCAUCAUCCUAUACAACGUCAUCGCUCUCAACAGCCUGGAGUUCACUAAGCUGGUCGCCAAGAGACUGCUGCUCAAAGGCUUCCCCAUCACCACCAUCACUGUCCUCAUAGUGACCUACUGUCUGGUCCAGCUCAUCAAGGAGAGAGAGAGAAGACAGGUUCUGAUCGACGACCCCGACCCCAUCCCUCCCCCCGCCCCCGUCCCUCCCCCCACCCCCACCACACCCACUGUGGUCACGUCCACAGCCCCCAUUCAGCCGGUGGUGGACCCCAGCAAGGAGAAAGCAGAGUAGUGAUUGGAGGGUGGCAGUGUCUGUCAAAGUCCCAAAUGUCUUUACGAGUCAUGGUUUCCUCCGUCAUGGAGAUGGCGAGCUACAGUUAAUAGACAAGGUAUAUUUAGAAGUUCUUCAUAGCAAUAAAAUCUAUUGAGCAGCAAUAUCUACCUACUGUAAUAUUUACAAGCAGCAAUAUCUACCUACUGUAAUAUUUACAAGCAGCAAUAUCUAUCUACUGUAAUAUUUACAAGCAGCAAUAUCUAUCUACUGUAAUAUUUACAAGCAGCAAUAUCUAUCUACUG